ACAGAGCUCAAAGACCUAGCUAGCAGACACUUUGUGUGCGCAUCGGGGAGAGAGAGGGAGAGAGAGCAGGCUAAAUGGGUGUAAUUAUACCUCUCUAGUUGAUCCGGAAGGUUGUUUUUGCCACCUAGCUCGUCAUGUGAUUGCCCCUGGCUUCAUAUGCUUAGGUUUUUUUCUGUACACUUGAUUCCCAGCCCAGCAGUAGCCUACAUACCAUCGCAGAGAAGCCAAGUAGGACUUGUAAUCAAAUACCAGUGGCGCGUUUUUUAGUAGGUUAGGGCUGUUGCGUUCCAAAAAGGUGGUGGACCCGACACAAGCUUCGUGUGGAGACUGUCACUUUAACUCUCGGUCUAACGAAAAAGGCAACAGCCGAACGCAAGUAGACCUGACACCUUUGUUUUUUUUGGUCGGAGACGUCCCGAGAAGGAGUGUCUCACUCCCAAACCGGUCUGUUCCCGUAGUGAUCUUUUCAAUCCCGCCACAAAGAAGAGGAUUUCAAGGAAUAUAAUAUAUGCGCAGAUUAAAAGGUCUCAAAGGCUGACCUGACAAUGGGAUCUACAAACCACUGAAGUGGCUCUGACAAAAGAACAGGGGAAACAGGAGAAAGGAAAAGGAGAAAAACACUAAACAAAAGGAGAGGGGACUCUCAGAGAGAGAAAGAGCCCUUAUUGAAAAGAAAAGCGGAGGUGGGCUCAGGGAGGAUCAGCUUUGUCCAUCGGUGUGGGGUUGGGGGUGCAUGCUUGUCCUCUCCAGUGGGUUUCCUCCUUUGUGAGAGAGAGAGAGUUAACAAAAGACACAGAAUGUGCAAUAAACAGAGAGGAGAAUGUCGACCGGCGGAGGAGGCUGGAGCGGCGAUGCCUGGUCUGGGGAGGAGAACCAGUGCGGUACUACUACUGGCUCUCCUGGUAGCCAUGGUCCAGGGACAGGUGGAGGUAAUGGGGGACAUGCUGCUGGAUGGACCCGGGGAGCUGGAGGCCUCCAUGCACUCGUCCAUACUGUCAGACUUCCAGGAGGUGGAGGCAGCGGUGGCGGCUGCAGUCUAUCAGGCUGAAGUAGGAGCAGGAGGAGUGUCAGGAUUCCCCGACUCGUCUGCUGUGGUGGGCCGGGUGUUUCAGAUGAAGGUCCUGUUGAAGACGGACUACACCAGCAACACUAAGAUAACUGAGUCAGGCAAGGAGACGCUUCCAGUAUGGCUGCACUGGGACUGGAAGAGCAACAUCCUACAGGGUCUACCACUGGAGGAGGACAAGGGUGUCCACUACAUCGCCGUCUCCACAUCCAACGGCAGCCAGGACAUCUUCUCCAUCGAGGUGCACCCAGAGGAACACGCCGACCCGAUCCAGCUAGCCAUUCAGUCAGCAUCCAACAAUGAGGUCAAGCCGUUUGUCUGCGGCACAGAGGAACCGGUGACGGUGCUCACGGUGAUUCUGGACGCCGACCUCACCAAGAUGAGCUCCAGGCAGAGGGUGGAGCUGCUGAGUAAGAUGAAGAAGUUCUCUGGCGUGGCGCUCCAGCACAUGAAGAUACUUCCCGUGGUCAACAACAGAUUGUUCGACAUGACCGCCUUCAUGGCCGGACCGGGAAAUGCCAAAAAGGUGGUGGAGAACGGAGCCCUGUUAUCCUGGAAGCUGGGUUGUUCCCUAGACCAGAGCAAUGUCCCCAACAUCAGCAGCGUCCAGGCACCGGCGAAAGAAGGCACUAUGUCUGCUCAGCUGGGAUACCCUGUGGUCGGUUGGCACAUCGCCAACAAGAAGCCUCAUAUCCCCAAACGGGUGAGGCGCCAGCUCAACAAUACCCCUACCCCUGUUCUUGUUGUGCUUCCCCCAACGUCUGUUGUCGAGCCCCCUAUUCGCAUUGUACCCACCCUGUCGUCACCUGCCAUUGCUGCCCCCACAGACAGCUCUGCUCCACCCAUGAGAGGACCUGUGCCCUUGCCCAUGAAGCCCACGAUCCGUGUCAGAGACUCAUAUGCCCACACUCCCACUCAGGGUGCACCCCUGCCAACCAGAGUGAUGGAGUCCACUAGUACCAUCUCCAUUCAACCCACCAUGACCAGGCAUACUGUUGUGGAAGCCACACCGACACUCCCUCCACCCACCACAGUUGCCACCAGAAAGCCAACCAAGAAACCAAAGAGACCGAAGACCACUCCGAUGCCAAGGGAGCCCAAGACCACCACAGUCAAACCAGUCAGGCGCACCACCCCUUCGUCCAUCGUGCCUGACCCAAGAAAUGAGAAACCAGAUCUCCGCAACCCCAUCGAUCAGGUCAAUGCCUUUGUGGGCACAUACUUUGAAGUGAAGAUCCCAUCCGAUACAUUCUUUGACAAGGAGGACGGUACAACAGACAAACUAAGGUUGACCUUGAGGAUGAACCACAAUGAAGUUGUUGGGGAUGACUCCUGGAUACAGUUUAAUAGCACAAGCCAGCUGCUGUACGGUCUUCCAGACUCACAUCACGUUGGGAAGCACGAGUACUUCAUGCAGGCCACCGAUAAGGGUGGUCUGAACGCGAUCGACGCCUUCGAGGUCCGUGUGAACCGCUGGGCAUCCAACGAUAAGUCCCCGGUCCUGUUCCAGGCCCGCUUACACGGAGAACCUCGCCUGGUGACCAAUGACAUCCACAAGAAGAUUCUGCUCAUCAAGAAGCUGGCGUACUCGUUCGGUGACCGCAACAGCAGCACGGUCACCCUGAGGAACAUCACCAAGGGAUCCAUCGUGGUGGAGUGGACCAACAACAGCCUCCAGCAGAACCCCUGUCCCAAGGAGCAGAUUCAGACCAUGUCCAGGAGGAUUUCUGACGCCCAGGGAAGGCCCUCCCAGACCUUCAUCUCCGCCAUGGAACCGGACUUCAUACCCAUCAGCAUCAAGGUCAAAGGAACGGGUGCCUGCCGGAACUACAUGUUUGUCCCGCCUGGUGAAAUCACUAUCCCUAUCCCCCCGGCUGUCACACCGGCGCUGGGCACCGGACGCCAGAGCACAGACGACGUCUACCUCCACACGGUGAUUCCGGCCGUGGUGGUGGCGGCCAUCUUGCUGAUCGCUGGCAUCAUCGCCAUGAUCUGCUACCGUAAGAAGCGCAAGGGCAAGCUGACCAUCGAGGACCAGGCUACCUUCAUCAAGAAGGGGGUGCCCAUAAUCUUCGCAGACGAGCUUGACGACUCCAAGCCGCCUCCGUCCUCCUCCAUGCCCCUCAUCCUGCAGGAGGAGAAACCCCCUCUUCCCCCACCGGAGUACCCCAACAUGGCCAGUCCAGAGACCACCCCCCUGAACCAGGACCUUCUGGGUGAGUACACGGCUCUGAGGGACGAGGACCCCAACGCGCCCCCCUACCAGCCCCCGCCCCCCUUCACCGCACCCAUGGAAGGUAAAGGAUCUCGUCCAAAGAACAUGACCCCUUACAGAUCCCCACCACCUUACGUGCCACCCUAAGGGUUUAGCAGGCUCCUCCAGAGAAGGAGGAGGGAAGCAGGGGGACUUGUAACGGUCUCAAUCCAGUGUCUGUUUGGAAAUAAGGGGUGGGAGGAGGAGGACAAAGUGGGAACAAACUUUGGAUUUUGGGUUGGGAGGGUUUUGGGGUGAUCUGAUUGAGUCUGAGUUGAAGUUGUUGGAAAGAUGGGAGGGAGAACUAGAUGUUAGCCGCAGCGACAGUAGCCACAAAAAGGACACUAUUCAGUCUGUCGUCUCAUUGGCUACAGCUGAAUGGCUAGUUUGGGAAGACACACCCCUCUGGUCCCAGCGCUUUUGUUUUCUCAGUUUGAAACUAAAUGGGCGUUUGUUUUAAUUUAGUUAUUUGGUUCAGUUUAGUUUAGUUUUGGGGGGGGGGGGGUGACUUCAAACGAAAUCAAACGACUUGCUUAACAGCACUCUUUAUGUUAUUUUAUCUUGAAUAAUACAAGAAGAUAAUAAACAAACACACUACAGGCAAAAAGGUUUUUAAUAGAGAGAGAGAGUUCUAUGAAUAAAAACAGAAACAACAUAAUCAUGUGGAUCUGCACCAGCCCUGCAGCCAGCCCUGCAGCCAGACAGACAGACAACACAGUGGCUUGUCGGGCGGUGGGUCAGUGUUUCGAGUCAAUAAGGUUUGCCUUUUAACACUAAUUGUAUAUUUGUAUCCUUAUUCACACAAUGUCUAGUCAAGAUGAUCAUAACAAAGUUAGCCUAAAAAAUCAUUAGAAAUGUUUAAUAAACGUUCUGUUUGUUUUAUUAGUUUUGUUUUUAAAUCCACUGUAUAUCUGGAUGGUUCUGAUUGACAGACAGACAGACAGACAGACAGACAGACAGGAUCUCUCCCUCGAUCAGAAAGGAACGGUAAAAAAAAUAGGUAGACCCAGCCCAGUCAGGACUAAACAAGCAAACAUUACCGUUAGCUAAUGUUAGCACGUAGGGCAACCAUGACAACUGUGAUUCUACAUCAGCCUGGCCCAGUUAUUAUCAGAUGUAUAGUUUUGACUUGAAGCUCAAGGAUUUUUACCUUGCCUGGGUUUCCCGAAGCCACCCAAAAUCAUUCAAGAGGGAAAUACAAUACAAUGUCCCUCUUUGUUAUUAUUAUUUAAAAUGGCUCCCUUAUCCGAAUAUGAUCAUAACAUUGACAAUUUGAAUGCCAUGUUGCCUUUAUGGUGAUGCGAUGUGUCUUCUGUAUAUAGCUAUCGAUCGGCCUGUUGAAAUAAUAUUAAGUGUAUUUAUACUUCAAAAAUGUUUGUGUAAAUCAGAUAUGGAAAAAGCCUCCUGCAGUUUAUUUUAGACAAGGAGUAAUUAUUUUUUUAUGUAGUGAUGAUGAUGCUCUUGUUCUCACAGUUUAUGCGGGAAACAGUUCAUUGCUGUUGAGAGUGAUUUAGAACGUCCUGAAAGGGAUACAAUCUUUAUUCACAACUCAAAGGUCAUUGUAAGACGAGGAGAGGAGAGGAGAGGAGAGGAGAGGAGAGGAGAGGAGAGGAGAGGAGAGGAGAGGAGAGGAGAGGAGAGGAGAGGAGAGGAGAGGAGAGGAGAGGAGAGAUCUGAAGAACAAGAUCACCAGAAAACACUGAACAAAAUGGUGGAUAAAAUCUCUAUCUAAUUUUUUUACAAAGUUUUUGAUACAGCCUCAAAUUGUUAAAAAAAAAUAGAGAAAUAAAUAAAUAGUGUAUUGCAAUUGGUUCAAUCUUAGCGUAGAUAAUUGAUUCUUCAAUAUGUACCUUUUCUCAUGGGUCACCUAUUUCAAGUGAUUUUUUUGUUGUUGACAUAUUAUCAAAUGUAUUAUCAUGUUUUUCCCCAUUGAGUUUUGACUUUGAAAGUGACCCUUUGCAAUAAUGUAAGGUGCUGUGGAGGUGAGUGGUCAAUGCAGGUUAGAUGAGUGUACUACCAAAAUGAGUGGUGAUGAGAAAACCCACAUAAUGAUGAUGAUGUACCCACAUAAUGAUGAUGUACACGCAUAAUGAUGAUGAUGAUGAACCCACAUAAUGAUGAUGUGCACGCAUAAUGAUGAUGAUGAUGAACCCACAUAAUGAUGAUGAUGAUGUACACACAUAAUGAUGAUGAUGUACCCAUAUAAUGAUGAUGAUGUACCCGCAUAAUAAUGAUGAUAUACCCGCAUAAUGAUGAUGAUGUACACGCAUAAUGAUAAUGAUGUUCCCCCCAAAAUAAUGAUGAUGAUCCCCACAUAAUGAUGAUGAUGUACCCACAUGUAGUUUGUUUUUUUGCAAGAUACAAGUGUUGCUUUUUGUACUGUGCAUUUAUCAUGAAAGCCAGUCUCCGUCUAUCUACAGUAUGUCCAGACAAUUCGUCCUUCUUCACACGUUUGAAAUUCUAAUCCUCUAUACAAUUAUCGGAAGGGAUCAUGAUGUGUUACACUGGCACACUGCUGCUGCCAUACCUUAUAAUAUAUAGCUUUAUUUUUAGUGAUGAGCUUCGGUUAUAAUCGGUUUUCUAAAUGCUUUCACUUACCCCUUGAUGAGUCUACAUGUCAUUGUCAACAGAGGUUUGAGUAAAAUGUGUAUCCAUCAUAGAGUUAGUUAGAGGACUCAUCUUUGUAUCUGUCCAAUUAUGGCGUCUAUGAUAGCACAAUUUUCAUGCAAAAAUGGGUUAUAUCCAUGAUGAGUUCUCUAACCAUCUCUACGGGGUCCAUCUAUCAGGUCUGACUGUCUGCCCUUUGAGAUUCUGACUCCGGUCACUAUAGCUGGAUAAUAGUCGACUAAACUGGUAUUAUUAAUCUGACUAGAUAAACAUUUGAUCUGGAACCAUGUUGUAAAUCUCCUUUCCAUCACACUCAGCACCAUGAAAUACAGAUACAGUAUCUUAUUGGUUAAUAUGUAAAUAACUUGCUGACACCUCCUCUGCGUCUCCACACAUCAUCUAGUCACUUCUGCCGUGUUUGAUUUUAGAGGGAAACUGGUAGGUGUAAACAGCCCACUGUAUUUCCCAAUUAGAGUUGGUAGUUACUAAAAGACAGAAAGGCAUAGUUUCUGAUGACAGUUACAGAGACGGAUGCAUAUUUUUGAUUGAGAUUCAUAGAUAUGUAGACACCACAAGGACAUUUUCUUUCAGGCCUUUGUUUGUUUAUAUAUAUAUAUAUUAAAAAAAUGUGGCGUAGUCCUUCAGUAUUAUGGUCACUAGACUAGCAAAGAAUCAGGUUUAGUUAUACUGAGUCAAAUCUUAAAUGACACAAUUAAGCGUAAAUCUCCAUUUGAUUCCACAAUUAAGAGGAUAUGAUGUCCUGAUUUAUGUGAAAGCUUAACGGAGAAAAAAACCAAAGAUGUAAAAAUGUGAAAUAGCAGUCAUUCACUACAACUUGUUCAAAUGCCUUGUUGACAGAAUAUCUUUCAGCUGUCGGUUACAUUUCAGUACUGCAGUUACAUUUCAGAUGUUAGCAACAGCAUCGCAAAGGAUAUGGAUUCAACACAAACACAUUGUUAUUUUAAUUUAGAACCCGAUAGCUGUCCUGAGGGAUACGUUUUGUUUAAGCCGAGGGAGGAGUACACUCCAACCAAAUAGGUUCGAUACGAUUACAGAUAGCUGCCUUUCGGUUUAGGUACGGUUCUUGGACCAUAGAAGGGAAUGAUCAUAUCAUAAAUGGCAUCUGUAUUAUACCAUUGUUUUGUUGUUCUUUCAUCGGCUUCCAUUUUGGAUUCUACUUUCGUCAGCUUCCAUUUCUGUCAAUUUGAAAUUGAAGGAUUGGCGUGUCAAAUCAAAUCAGCCUUAAAUGCAUUUCUUAUUCAUACGCAGCAAGCAGCACUGACUGAAAGCUUCCUAUGCUCUGAGGGGCAGAUUGUACUAUAUUUUGUUGUUCGCUAAAGAGAAUAUGUAGUCUUGAUUUAGUUUUUACAUUCAUGAGUAAAUGAGUCCUUACAACUGGAAUGAUAAUAGUAAUAGUAUUGAUGAUGAUUAUAAUAAUGACAAUAAUAAUAUGUUUAUCAUAAUGGUUUCAGGGGGACAUUCUCUACUGUGUUUGUCCUUCAUUUUUAUGUCAUUUUGUCAAUUAAAUACUUUUCCCACCACCUUCCUAAUACCAAUAGGGAUGUCUCUGGUUCGCAAACAAAAUGAUUGCCAAACUACAGCGCAGUGAAAAGUUAUGUGCUUGACUUAAACAAGUUGACAAAUAUCAGACACACAUUCAAUUAACAUGCUACAAAACAAGAGGGAAGGAGAGAAAAUGGAGUGAUAAGUAAUAAAUAAAUACACAGAGGUGAAAUGCAAAGAGUCAGAAAACCUGACUAUUGUCCUUGACCACAGGGAACCUACAACCUAGAGAAGAGGGUCGUACGUACGUAAAGAAUGCAUGGUAAAAAAAAUAAUAAUAAUAAUUUUGUAUUAUUCUGUGUUUUAAUAGCAUUGUAUUGUUUAUGACACUAGACACUGUAUGUUGAAAUGUUGUAUUAAAAAAAGAAAAAAAAAAUGUUUCCAA